UGUGAGGAGACAGCUGCGAGCUGACAUGACGUUGGAUUAAUAAAGGUUCGUUUCGGUAACCAUCAAAAUACAUACAUACCAAGGUACUCUAUGCUUCGCGCGCCCCAGAUCAAAAAACGCAUCCUACCAACCACCUUUGUCCGCACGAUCAGAAUGGACUCGUCUCUCCAUCCCCUGUCCGGUCUCUACAAACCUCAUCAACUGAAAGGACUAUACUAUGGUCCGGAUGUUGUCAAAAGUCACCUCCUUUCCGUUCUGCCCACCACUUCAUCCAAAGCUUUCAUCAUAACAGGCAGCUCUCUGGCCAACAAAACGCCGCUCAUCAAGUCUCUUGAAUCCCUUCUCUCCUCCGGUCACCACGCCGGCACGUUUAGCAAUAUCAAAGAACACGCCCCCGUCGCUCAACUCGACGACGCCACUUCACAAGUCAAGAAGGACUCCACCAUCGACACCAUAAUAUCCGUUGGAGGAGGUUCCCCGAUUGAUUCGGCAAAAGCCAUUUCUUACCGCGUACACGAAACCACCCAGAAAUGGCUCGUCCACAUAACCAUCCCGACCACUCUUUCCGCUGCGGAAGCCACCGCCAUCGCCGGCUACACCCAGUCAGACGGCGUCAAGACUGGCAUCAGCGACCCAAAUAUCUACCCGUCGUAUAUCUUCUACGACCCUAAAUUCGGCCUGUACACGCCACCACAUCUAUUCCUAUCAACGGGUUUCCGCGCUCUCGACCACGCCGUCGAGUCCCAGUACCACCCCACUACAACGUGGGUGCCCUGUCGCAUGGUAGCGUUGAACGCGAUCAGCGAGCUCUUCAAGCUGUUGCCCAAGUACAAAGCCGACCCGAAAGACGAGGACACGAUCACUGGCCUGUUUCUGGCGGCAUACGCGAGUCUGGGUUUUGUAGGUCAAAAUCUCAAAGGCGGUCUGGGCCUAUCUCAUUCUCUGGGAUAUGCCCUCGGCUCCCCGUAUGGGAUUCCGCAUGGAGUAACAUCGUGUUUGACCCUUGGGCAUGUCGUGAAAUUGAAGGCUAGGCAGAGCAAGCAGAACGCAGAAGCGAUUGCCAACAUCCUGCCGUAUAUCGGCCAGGCGAGAUCAGGAGAUGAUCUGAAAGACAGCGACACCUUGGGCGAUAGAAUCCUAGGAUUGGUGCAAGAUUCGGGGCUGAAGACAACGCUGACCGAGAAAGGGGUAGGAAAAGAUCAGGUUGAUAUCAUCUGUGCGAGGGCGACCGGAGGAUUGAUGCCUGGGAAGACAAAGAACGAGGAGGAAGAGCAAAUUUCGAAGGCAGUCAGACACUUGGUGGAAGGGCUGUUCUGAUCGCAGCCUGAUUCCAGGCACGGCAAUUCUGCGAGCUGGGCACCUCUUUUCGGCGUCUCUGACAAGGCAUGCUCAAAGAUCUCGAGGCGAUUGUACAGCCGCUUAUAUAUUGAGAGUAUGUCAUCCCUGGUUUUGAC